AUGGUAAGAGGCUCUAUAUAUGAAAUAGACAGCGUGACAAUGGAAACUGUUUUGGCUGUGGAUCCGGCUACCAUGAUCAUCAAAGAGUGCAUCAAUCUUUGUUCCACCAUGAACAAACAGUCUAGAGAUAAGUCACAGACAACUGUGGCUGCAUUGCUGGGUGGGGGUAGUGAUAUAUUUAUAAAUCAAAGUGAUUUGUUUGUUGACAGCUUCCACAGUUUGUCAGAUUCUAAACAUUAUGACAGUCUGAUCUCUGGCUUGGUACAGCUACGACUGAAAAUUAAUGAUUUGAAAUGUUUGGAUGAUAUGAAUGCUCUAGAACUGUUAAAUCCAUUUUUACAAAUAGUUAGUGUGAGUUCAGUAUCAGGCUAUACUACUUCUUUAGCUCUGGAUUCGUUACAGAAAAUUUUUACUUUAAAAAUUAUAAACAAAGCAUCUACCGAUAUUCAAAUUGCUAUUAGGGAAACUGUUGUUGCUUUAACACAUUGUAGAUUUGAAGCCUCAAAGCAACUUUCAGAUGACUCCGUUUUAUUAAAAGUCGUCAUCUUACUGCGCCAAAUAAUAAUCUCUUCCUUUGGGGAUUAUCUUUCUGACACUAUAAUAUAUGAUGUUUUGCAAACAACACUUUCCUUGGCAUGCAAUAUGCAAAGGAGCGAAGUUUUGAGGAAAACGGCUGAAGUUACAAUUGCAAGGAUAACCGUUAAACUAUUCACAAAGUUGAAAUUACUAGAUCCACCUACAAGAACGGAAAAAUACAUCAAUGACGAAAGUUACGCCGAUAAUAAUUUGAAGGAUGACAUCAUAGGUACUACUGUGCCUGGUAAAGAAUUGAGUAGUAUUGAUGACGAUGAUGACGAUAACUUUGUUGCUGACAAUCAUAAAAAUGAAAAUGUAACUGAGCAGGUUAGCAGGGAGCGAAAUUAUAAUCAAGAAAAGAGCAAAGCAGUUGAGCCAAAUUAUGGAAUAACAGUCAUUAAGGAUUAUUUAGGAUUACUACUAUCACUGAUUAUGCCAGAGAAUAUAAUGAAGCAUACAACUUCGGCCAUGAAUUUGUCUUUACAGCUAAUAAAUACCGCUAUUGAAAUAUCGGGUGACAAAUUUCCUCUCUACCCCCGACUGUUCAAUCUAAUUUCUGAUCCUAUUUUUAAAAGCAUUGUGUUCCUUAUACAGAGCUCUACUCAACAUUAUCUUUUGCAAGCUACUUUACAAUUAUUCACGAGUUUGGUUGUAAUACUGGGUGAUUAUUUACCUAUGCAAAUAGAAUUGACUUUGAGGAGGAUAUUUGAGAUUCUAGAGGACGCAGCUGGUGCCGAUAAUGUGAUUAAGCAAAAACCACCCUCAAUCAAGGAAUUGAUUAUUGAACAGCUCUCUGUAUUGUGGAUUCACUCCCCCGCGUUCUUUCUACAACUUUUUGUAACUUUCGACUGUAAUCUGGACAUGUCGGAUCUUUCGAUCGACUUUAUAAAGGAGCUAGCAAAAUUUUCUCUACCAGCAGCAGCAAUCAAUACUUCUAAUAAUGUUCCUCCCAUAUGUCUUGAAGGAGUAGUUUCACUUAUUGACAAUAUAUAUAAUGACUUACAGGGAUUGGAUAAGGCAGAAUUUGUAAAGCAUCAGAAAGAAAUUGAAAUUUUAAAGCAGAGAAAUAGGAAAACCGAAUUCAUAUUGUGUGUUGAAACAUUCAACGAAAAGGCAAAGAAGGGUAUCUCGAUGUUGAUUAAGAAAGGAUUUAUUGAAUCAGAUUCCGAUAGAGCCAUUGCUUCUUUUCUAUUCCUGAAUAAUGGACGUUUAAACAAAAAGACUAUAGGUUUGUUACUAUGUGAUCCGGGGAAAAUAUCACUAUUAAAGAAAUUUAUAGAUCUGUUUGACUUCAAAGGUUUAAGAGUUGACGAGGCAAUUAGAAUUUUAUUGACAAAAUUUAGAUUGCCAGGAGAAUCUCAACAGAUUGAGAGAAUUAUUGAAGCAUUUUCAGCAAAAUAUUCAACCGAUCAAAGCAAAAAUAAGAUGGAACUAGAUGAAAGAAAAUUGGAAAACAAUGACGUAGAGUCAGUGAUAGAAGACGAAUCUAUUUUUAUACAACCUGAUGCAGACUCUGUGUUUGUUCUGAGUUAUUCGAUAAUCAUGUUGAACACAGAUUUUCAUAACCCCCAGGUUAAGGAACAUAUGUCUUUUGACGACUAUUCCAACAAUUUGCGGGGAUGCUAUAAUGGUGGAGAUUUUCCUUCCUGUUACCUGCAAAAAAUUUACACAUCCAUCAAAGUUAAGGAAAUAGUUAUGCCUGAGGAGCAUCACGGAAAUGAAAGAUGGUUUGAAGAUGCUUGGAAUAAUUUAAUAUCUUCAACAUCUGUGAUGACAGAGAUUCAAAGAGGUUUUAAAAAUCCAGUUUCCAAGCUGGUUCAAGUUGACAUUCUUCAGUUUGAGAAGGCAAUUUUUUCAAAUGUUAGAGAUAUUAUCUUAAAAACGCUACUCGAUAUAUUUGCGGUUGCAUCCAGUGAACAAAUAUCGUUACGUAUUUUGGACACAAUACGCAAGUGUAUUUUUAUCAACUAUUACUUCUCCUUCGACCAAUCAUUCAACGAUAUCAUUCUUCGUCUGGGAGAAAUGACGACACUGGCGCAUACUAAUUCAAAAGAGGAUCAUCUAGAUGCUGAGAGCGUUCCCUUGGUUGAGAUAUUUGUCGAAGAUACAGAGUCAAAAAUAUCCAUUAGUUGCCAAAGUAUAAAACUUGGACAAAACUUUAAGGGCCAGUUAUGUACCGUACUAUAUUUUCAAAUCCUCAGAGAAAUGAGGGAUCCUAGCGUUAUUUCUACUGAACUCUGGAGUCAAGUCAUUCAAAUCAUACUGAAAUUAUUCGAGAACUUAAUGAUGGAAUCAAAUUCGGAAUUUUUCAAUAAUUUCCAUACGUUCUUAAAACUUCCCGAAUUACCGUUACCAGAACCAGAUAUCUCUAUUCGCAAGACAAAGAUGAAUAGAAGCCUCCUUUCUACAUUUGCAUCGUAUUUGAAGGGUGAUGAAGAGCCUUCGGAAGAAGACAUCGACUUUUCUAGGAAAGCACUUGAAUGUAUUAAGACCAGCUCUGCCUUCAGCUCAGUCUUCGAAAAUAGUCAUAUCAUUACCCCUAAGUUGGUUGAAGCGCUUCUUUCUUCUCUUGUGACUGAUAGAACGAAUGAAAACUCUCCUUAUUUCGAGCAGGACCUUCUUUUUUUGUUGGAAAUAGCCAUUAUAGUGAUAUCAGAAGCACAUUAUGAGAAAGAACUUGGCACGGUAAUUGCCGAACAUGUGGCUAAUAUUUCAAAUUUAGACGGCCUUACCAAGGAGGCUGUUGCAAGGUUUGGCUCCUACAAAAUGUUUUUGGUUUCAAGAUUCAAUAACCCACAGAACAUUUUAAAUGAUUUGAUAGAGCAUGAUUUUUUGAUCAAGAAUGAAAUUUUCAACACUAAAUUUUAUGAGAGCGAAUCGGGGAAGCAGGUACUGGAUAGUCUGUUUAAAUAUCUAGAAGAGGUAAAGUACAAUGAGCAGGUUCUCAAUAAUGUAGGUUUUUGGAAGUUUUUAAGGAAGCUAAUGUCAACUAAAGACAGUCAAUUGAUUGUCUACCAAUUUUUGGAGAAGUAUAUUCAGAACGGUGAAAUAUUUUUAGAUGAUGGGAAUUUCAUGAACAUACUAAGUCUGCUUGAUGAGAUGUCAUGUGCUGGAGCCGUCGGUAGAGAAUGGGAACAAAAGUGUGAAAAGUUACUAGAUAAUGGUGGCGGAGCACCUGUAGACAAUCCAUAUCGUUCCAUUAUUGAUAUUUCCAGCCGUUCCAUUAAUAUCACGGCCGAUUUACUUUCGGCUGUUAAAGCGAGUAAUACUGUACUUAACAAGACGGAAAUUAUAGCUGCUAUUCAGGGUCUUGCUCACCAAUGUCUCAACCCUUGCGAAGAAUUGGGCAUGCAAGCAUUGCAAGAGUUAGAAUGCCUUUUAUUAUCUCCUACCAGUCAAAUUCGGUCGGAAGAAGUUGCGUUGGACGAUCUAAUAGAAGCUGGAUUAUUGCCGAUAUUCGAACUAGAUGAAAUCCAAGAUAUAAAAAUGAAACGAGUUACAGAUAUUUUAUCCGUACUUUCUAAGAUUUUUCUGCAUCAACUUGUAGAAGGUACCGCAAAUAACGAAACUUUUUUGAGGGUGCUAAAUGUGUUUAACAAGUAUGUAGAUGAUCCUACAGUGGAAAAGCAGUUACAAGAGCUGAUUAUUUCUAAGAGAGAAAUACAAAAGGAAGAGGCAAAUAUUGACGUAACAGUACCAACUAAUUCAGAAGAAUUGACGUUAUCAAGUAAUCAUAGGUAG